AUGGCGGUCGGUGAGAGGCAGCGGGAGAGUGGGAGCCGGCGGCGAGCAGGCGGGCGAGUGCUGGUGCUGCUGCUGGGCGCUUUGCUGCUGGGCUUGUGCUGCCGGGCGGCGGCGGCGGCGGCGGCGUCGGAGCGGAUCCGCUACGCCAUCCCCGAGGAGCUGGGCAGAGGGUCGCUGGUGGGGCCGCUGGCGCGGGACCUGGGGCUGAGCCCGGCGGAGCUGCCGGCGCGCAAGCUGCGUCUCAGCGCGGAGAAGCAAUACUUCGGCGUGAGCGGGGAGAGCGGGAACCUGUACGUGAGCGAGAGGCUGGACCGGGAGGAGAUGUGCGGCGAGUCGGCGUCCUGCUCCGUCAGCUUCGAGGCGCUGGUGCAGAACCCGCUCAACGUUUUCCACGUCGAGGUGGCCAUCCAGGACAUCAACGACAACGCGCCGCGUUUCCUGCAAGACAAUUUCCAGCUGGAGAUCAACGAGUUGACUCCUCCCGGCGCCCGCUUUGCCUUGGGAGUCGCCGAGGACGCGGACGUGGGCAGGAACUCGCUCUUCGGGAAAAUUCCGGCCAAGGUGCUUCAGAAGUUCGAGGUGGACGCGGAGAGCGGGACAAUGACGCUGCGGGAGGCGCUGGACUUCGAGGACACGCGAGCCUUCAUCCUGGCCGUGGAGGCGCGAGACGGGGGCGGUCUGGUGGCUCACUGCAAGGUGGAGGUGGAGGUGCUGGACGUGAACGACAACGCGCCCGAGAUCACGGUGUUGUCGGUGUCGAGCCCGGUGCCCGAGGACGCGCCCGCCGGCACCGUGGUGGCCCUGCUGAACGUGAACGAUCCGGACUCCGGGGAGAACGGUCAGGUGUGGUGCGAGCUGUCGGGCGAGGCGCCGCUGUCGAUCGUGGCGUCGUCGGGCGGCUCGUACAAGGUGGUGACGGCGAGCGCGCUGGACCGUGAGCAGGCGUCCGAGCACCGCGUGACGGUGGUGGCCAGGGACCGGGGCAGCCCGCCGCUGUGGAGCCGCGCGUCGCUGGUGCUGGAGGUGUCGGACGUGAACGACAACGCGCCGGUGUUCGAGGAGGCGGCCUACAGCGCGUACGUGGCGGAGAACAACGCGGCGGGCGCGUCGGUGGUGCGCGUGCAGGCGCGGGACGCGGACGCGGGCGCCAACGGCCGCGUGAGCUACUGGCUGGCGGGCGGCAGCGCGGGCGCGGCGGCGUACGUGUCGGUGGAGGCGCGGAGCGGCGCGGUGUACGCGCAGCGCUCCUUCGACUACGAGCAGUGCCGCGAGUUCUCGGUGGCGGUGCGGGCGCAGGACGGCGGGGCGCCGGCGCGGAGCUCCACGGCCACGGUGCGCGUCUUCGUGCUGGACCGCAACGACAACGCGCCGCGCGUGCUCUGGCCGGCGCCGGGAGACGCGGCGGCGGCGUCGGGGGCGUCGGGAUCGUCGUCGCCGUCGGGGCCGUUCGAGGUGGUGCCGCGCUCUGCCGAGGCCGGGUACCUGGUGGCCAAGGUGGUGGCGGUGGACGCGGACGCGGGGCGCAACGCGUGGCUGUCGUACGAGCUGGUGCAGGCGUCGGAGGCGGCGCUGUUCCGCGUGGGGCUGCACAGCGGCGAGGUGCGGACGGCGCGGGCCGUGUCGGAGAGGGACGCGGCGAAGCAGCGGCUGGUGGCCGUGGUGAAGGACCACGGGCAGCCGGCGCUGUCGGCCACGGCCACGCUGCACGUGGUGCUGGCCGAGAGCUUGCAGGAGGCGCUGCCGGAGCUGAGCGAGCGGGCGGCGGGCGCCGACUCGCCGGCCGAGCUGCAGUUCUACCUGGUGCUGGCGCUGGCGCUCCUCUCCGCCCUCUUCCUGCUCAGCGUGGCGCUGGCCGUGCUGGCGCGGCUGCGCCGGGCCGGGCCGCCCGCCGUCCUGCGCUGCCUGGGCGCGCAGCGCUUCUCCGUGGCCGGCGCCGCCUUCCCGGCCGACUUCUGCGAGGGCACCUUGCCCUACUCCUACAACCUGUGCGUGGCGCCGGGACGCGCCCUCGCCCAGCCCGCUUGGCCCUCGCCGCCGCCUCUGCCCGUCGUGCCCGCGGAGGAUCUGCUGGGCGCGGAGCCCUGCGGGAAGCCGAGCCCGAGCAUCAGCGCCGGCGCGGGAGAGCCGCCCGCCGACCCCGACGCCCCGCAGGUCUGUAAGCCCGCGCGCUCUCCCUCUUUUCCCUGAGCUGUGCUCA